AAUAUAUAUAUGUAUAUACACAAACUUGCCAGUUGGUUUACAGUGCUGUGAUAAAAAAAUUUGAAAUACCUGAAUUAGAAAGAUCUCUCACUGGGAAUUCCCUGGCGGUCCAAUGGUUAGGACUCGGCACUUUCACUGUCAUGGCCCGGGUUCAAUCCCUGGUCAGGAACUAAGAUCCUGCAAGCCACAUGGCGUGGCCAAAAAAAAAGAUAUCUCACCAUCUAAGGCAGCACGGUCCAAUUGAACGUCCUGUGAUAAAUGGAAAUGUUCUACCUCUGUGCUGUCCGAAACAGUAGCCACUACUCACGUGUGGCUCUUGAGCACUUGAAAUGGGUUUCGUGUGAGUAAGAAUUAAAUUUUUUUAAUUUUAUUAAAAGAUUUUUUUUUUUGGCCACGCUGCACAGCAUGUGGGAUCUUAGUUCCCCGACCAGGGAUCGAAUCCGUGUCCCAUGCAUUGAAAGGCGGAUUCUUUACCACUGGACCACCAGGGAAGUCCCAAGAAUUAAAUUUUAUUUGAAUGUAAUGAACUUAAAUUUAGGUAGCCACUUGUGGCUAGUGACUACUCUACCGGACAGCGCAGAUCUAAGGUUUUCUUAGCUCCCCAGCCAGGUUGCACUGGCACAUUAAGUCGCAAAGAUGUACCUCUAAGCUGGCAGUCAGCAGGGUGGUUGACAGUGGGCCAGUGGGGAUAAAAUCAAAGAACGAGUAACAGUGAGUUAACGAUCAGCAAGGUUCUUCAGAGCCUAAUUAAUGUUUAAUUCUAAAUAAACUGCAGCAUUUACGGAAAGUAGUGUUUUUGUAAUUCUUUAAUGCAUUUGCAGAGGAGGAUUGUGUUGUAUGAGUUGGGAAAUGUGUUUUAAAGAGGCAUGUGAGGAGGAAAAUCAUCCUUCCCUCAUCUUUGCAGGGGUUAGGUGUGGAGUUGGACAGGCGAGGGGCCCAUGCCCAGCUGUGCUGGGUGCCAGUUCUGUGAGCUCACCUCUCUGUGCCUCAGUUUCCUCUUUCGUGCAGUGGAGAGAGUGAGGACUCCCAUCUCAGGCUUGUUCUGAGUAAUGCCUACGACGUAAGUGCUUAGUACUCGGAAUAAAUGGCAGCUGGCUAGUCCCCAAGGGCCAGUGACCUCGCCUCUCCCUGCCUGUUUACUUCUCUGUAAAAUAGAAGUAAGAACAUUGUAUCUCAGCGUUGCCAAAAGGGUUAAAUGAGGCCAUCCAGGCAAAGUGCUUUGUGGAAGGGGUUCUGGGUAAAAGGCUGGCUCCUUCUCCCUUCUGAACUACAGGGCAAGGCUGCCAUCUACUCUGGUGUAGGUCAUAGGCCUACCUGCGUCCACUGUUAGGCUGGACUUGGUUCCUCCUUCAGCGUCUGGCCUAGGAACAAGAUGGGCUGUGAGUGCCACCUGAGUUGUAAUCCCUGCCUUCCAAAGACUUGGAAAAUGGGGGAAGCCAAGAAAGGGGAGUCGGAGGGUACUGUUGUUGACCACUGAAUUCCUGACUUGUGAAGGAAUGUAUUCUGCAUCGGAAGAAUCCAGUCAGGCCUCCUGGAGGAUUGUUGACCACACCUUCCCAGGGUGCUGGGCCUUGAAGGACAGGGAGAGCACAGCAAAAGCAAUUACACGUGAUCACUCGCCAAGCUCUGCCUCAUCAUGCACUUGCCUGGCUCAUGCUCGGUACCAGGCUGAACCUAUGCAGAGAUGGACCCCACAACGGCAGCCCUGGAGAAGGAACAUGAGGCGAUCACCAAGGUGAAGUACGUGGACAAGAUCCACAUCGGGAACUACGAAAUCGACGCCUGGUACUUCUCCCCGUUCCCUGAAGACUAUGGGAAACAGCCCAAGCUCUGGCUCUGCGAGUACUGCCUCAAGUACAUGAAAUACGAAAAGAGCUACCGCUUCCACUUGGGCCAGUGCCAGUGGCGGCAGCCCCCGGGGAAGGAGAUCUAUCGCAAGAGCAACAUCUCUGUGUACGAGGUAGACGGCAAAGACCACAAGAUUUACUGUCAGAACCUGUGUCUGCUGGCCAAGCUUUUCCUGGACCACAAGACAUUGUACUUCGACGUGGAGCCAUUCGUCUUUUACAUUUUGACCGAGGUGGACAGGCAGGGAGCCCACAUCGUCGGCUAUUUCUCGAAGGAAAAGGAGUCACCAGAUGGGAACAACGUGGCCUGCAUCCUGACCCUGCCCCCCUACCAGCGCCGUGGCUAUGGAAAGUUCCUCAUUGCUUUCAGUUAUGAGCUGUCCAAGCUGGAGAGCACAGUAGGCUCCCCUGAGAAGCCACUGUCUGACCUGGGCAAGCUCAGUUACCGCAGCUACUGGUCCUGGGUCCUUCUGGAGAUCCUGCGAGACUUCCGGGGCACACUGUCCAUCAAGGACCUUAGCCAGAUGACGAGCAUCACCCAGAAUGACAUCAUCAGCACCCUCCAGUCCCUCAACAUGGUCAAGUACUGGAAGGGCCAGCACGUGAUCUGUGUCACACCCAAGCUGGUGGAGGAACACCUCAAAAGUGCCCAGUAUAAGAAACCACCCAUAACAGGUGGGUGGAGUCUGCCCAGGGUGUGUGUGUGUGUGUGUGGGGUAGAUGUAAGGACUGCCGUGAGCCAAGGCCUCUGUUUUGCUGUCAUCGGAUCCCCAACCAGUCUGACCAGCUCCCAGGACCGAAGCCUGGGGCAGCCCCCUCCCCAGGACUCAGUCUGCCCCUGUUCUCACCUCGAGGUGAAACCUGGCCUGGGCCCAGGGCAGAGCAGCCAGUGCGAGCGGCCAGGCCCGGAGGCCCAGUCCUGCCUCUCAUGCCUCUUCUCCCCACAGUGGACUCUGUCUGCCUCAAGUGGGCACCCCCCAAGCACAAGCAAGUCAAACUCUCCAAGAAGUGAGUGGCCUGUGCCCCUGCUGCUGGACCCGUGCCUCCUUGCACCCCAGCCUGUAAAUAUGUACAGACCUGUUUCGUCAUUUUUUUAAUAAAGUAAGUUCUGCCA